CCCAUCCUCUACAAACCAGAUUCAUGUGUUUUUGAACUUGCACAUUCAUUGUUAACAAGGGUCAGAAACUUCCACAUCUCAGCUAAGGAUUGGAAUGGCCAAAUCCAAUGGCAAUGAGGAAAAUGAUGACACGGGAUUGUCGAUGGUACCUCCAAUUUCCAAGGGAAGAUUUGAUGCUGCUAUCAGAGCCAUGGCUGGUAUUGGUGUCCUAAAGGAAACUGCUGAGCCCGUGUUGCAUAAUCUGCUAAAAUUAUUUCGUUACAAUUGGGUGCAUAUAGAAGCUGAUAAUUAUCUGGCUCUUGCUGAUGCUAUAUUUAAUGAUUCAGAUCCCAAAGACGGACAGAAAAGGCAAGCUAAUGAGACAAAUCUUGGUGCAGACCAAUGUAACAAGAAGCUUAAGGCAAAACAGUGUUGUCAAAAUACUGCAUCCAAGAUGCAUGGCAAUGACAAGAGAGAGUUGGUUGAAGCUCCACCACAGCCAGGACGAGGCACACUGAGAGUCGCCAGGGCACACUCACAAUUACUGAUCAAGGAACCGCAUACAUGCCCUAGUACUGCAGAGGAUACAACAUUUGUUGAAAAUAAUUCUUCUGUAUUAUGUCAUGGUCAAGACCGCCAAACUUUUGAGGCUCCACUAGCAACUAAGCGUCCACAAGUUGUAAGCCCCAGUACUCGCAAAGAUGCACAUAGGACUUCUGGUGCUCUCUAUGCUGUUGAUCAGAAGUAUGAAGGUGACUCUGGUGCGCAUGAAGGAAACUGGGCUGUUGCAUGUAGCAAGGAUUCUCCAUCCAACACUGAGGUAGUUUUGUCAAAUACUGGGGCAGGGAAAUUAUCAUUCAUUUACAACUCCUCCCUGGCAAAUCAUUCUGGUUUUCAUCUGCCUGACAUUAAAUUAAUAUGCAAGAAAAUGGAGGCUAGAUGUCUUAGGAAAUACAAGAGCCUAGAACGCAAUUUCUCUUUUAUGAAUCUUUUAAAAGAUACUUGCCAGUGUAUUGUUGACUUGGGUUUUGGAUCUAGUGGACCUAGACAUGAAGGCAUCAUGCAAACUCUUCUUGCCCAGGACAUUAUGUCCAAACCUUCAGUGCCACCAAUAUUGCAGUCAAAGCAAGCUAAUUCCUCUUUUAUUCGACCUAAUAAUCUCAUGAGCCUUGGUGGUACUUGCUCCUCUCAUGCUGUUGCUGGUGUUGGCCACAAUUCUAGUAAUAUGCCAGUUAUUCUGCAUAAACUACAUAUUGGUGCCAACAGACCACCUCAUGAUGUCAAUGACAUCACAAAAGGUGAAGAACGUUUAACGAUUCCAAUUAUUAAUGAAAUCGGCAAUGGGAUUCUUCCUCCUCCAUUUCACUACAUACCACACAAUAUCACACUCCAAGAAGCCUAUGUAAACCCCUCCCUUGCUAGAAUCGGAGAUGACAAUUGCUGUUCUGAUUGUUUUGGAGAUUGUCUGGCACAAUCACUUCCUUGUGCAUGUGCUGCAGAAACAGGAGGAGAGUUUGCUUAUACAACAGAUGGCCUUCUUAAGGGAGCAUUUCUAGAUAGUUGUAUCUCGAUGCUUCAAGAACCACAUAAACAUCCACAGUUCUACUGCAAGAUUUGCCCAAAUGAACGAAUGAAGAUGGAAGUAAAUUCUGAUUCACCAAACACAGAAAUGAAUCCUGGUCCUUGUAAAGGACACCUUACAAGGAAAUUCAUUAAGGAAUGCUGGAAAAAAUGUGGCUGCACCAGAAAUUGUGGAAACCGUGUGGUGCAGCAAGGCAUCACACACCAUUUACAGGUGUUCUUAACCCCCGGAAAAAAGGGAUGGGGAUUGCGCAGUACUGAAGAACUUCCUCGAGGUGCUUUUGUGUGCGAGUAUGUUGGUGAAAUAUUAACGAACAUUGAGCUGUAUGACCGUACAAUUCAAAAGACUGGUAAAGCAAAACACACAUACCCGUUGUUACUUGAUGCGGACUGGGGCACUGAAGGUGUUCUUAAGGACGAGGAAGCCCUUUGUCUGGAUGCCACGUUUUAUGGGAACAUCGCAAGAUUUAUAAACCACAGGUGCAUUGACGCUAAUAUUAUAGGAAUACCUGUUGAGAUCGAGACGCCUGACCACCAUUAUUAUCAUCUGGCGUUCUUCACAACAAGGGUAAUAGAGCCUUUUGAGGAACUCACAUGGGACUAUGGGAUUGACUUCGAUGAUGUCGAUCAUCCUGUCAAGGCAUUCAAAUGUCGUUGCGGAAGUGAGUUUUGCCGAGAUAAAGCGCGCAUAUUAAGAUCUAAAUCGAGGACUCCGGUGGUACGAUGAAUUCUCGACUCUGCUGCAAGUAUUCAAGGGAUAUAAAUGAGGUCCCCGGUGUUACAGUGAAUUCUCUACUGUGCUAGUACUCAAGAAAUACAAGUCAAUGCAUGCUCCAGAGCCUCUUGAAGGAUAAACAAUCCAGGCAGCUGGUUGAGCAUUUAAAAUUCCGACAGCUCAUUCAUGACGUGGCUGCCCUUUUUCCAAGCUUACACAAAGCAGUAUGCUUGGUUGCCAGUUCUUCUGUUCCUUUUACCGAUACCAACAGAUGUAAAGAAAUCUGGAAUGUGAAUUCUCUGCUACGGUAUAAGUAUUAACUCUCUAUAAUAAUGUAUGAGCAAUUUUUCCAUCCUGAAGA